GAAGUGACAGGUUGAGACUCGAGGAGGGCCUGGCAGCUUUGGAUCAAGCAGCCUUGCCCCUCCUUGAGGCGUGCACCCUCCCAGACUUUGGCAGAGGCACUGGAGGUCUCUCGCCUGAGGCCGUUGCAGUGACGGAGGGGGUGGCUGCUGCGGUUGGCGACACCAGCAAGUUGCCAAUUCGCAAGAACCGUGUGCGCCAGCCGAAGCUUGCUUCCAGCAACAGUCCGAAGAAAGAGAAUAAAGAGGGCCACACUCCUGGGCGAAUGGCGCAGCCGCCGCCUCCGAGACCAUCGGGAUACUUCGAGAAGAAAGGCGAAGUUCAUGAGCUACGGCAGUUGCUCCGAGGCGCAUCUGCGGACCGUGACCAGCAGAAGAAGCGUGAUGCCAUCAAAAAGGUCAUCGCGUACAUGACUCUUGGCAUCGAUGUUUCCCCUCUCUUCAGCGAGAUGGUCAUGGCAAGUGCCACCACAGAUCUCGUGCAGAAGAAGAUGGUGUAUCUUUAUCUGGUGAAUUAUGCAGAGAGCAACUCGGACUUGGCCAUCUUGGCCAUCAACACCCUUCAGAAGGACUGCCGGGAUGACGAUCCCAUGAUCCGGGGCCUGGCCCUGCGAUCACUGUGCUCCCUCAGCUUAGUCAACGUGAUUGAGUACCUGCAGCCUGCUGUGCAGAGAGCUCUGGAGGAUGUGAAUGGUUACGUCCGAAAGACGGCCGUUAUCGGAGUUGUGAAGCUCUUUUACAUCUCCCCGUCUGUAGUCAUGGAAACUGACCUGCUGCCCAUGCUGAAGCGGCUUGUGAGUGAUAGCGACGCUCACGUGGUCUCCAACACGAUCAGUGCCUUAGAGGAGGUCCUAGCCAGCGAGGGCGGCUAUCACCCCACUGAGGAAGUGAUCACGGCCCUGCUGAACCGCAUCAUGCACUUCUCUGAGUGGGGCCAAUGUGCCAUUCUGAGGCUGCUGACAAAGUACUGUGUGGCUGGCGAGGCAGAGAUGUUCGACAUCAUGAACAUCCUCGAUGGCUUGUUGAAGCAGUCCAGCAGCGCUGUAGUCUUGUCAGUGACGAAGAUCUUCGUCGACCUCACUAGCAAUCGCCCGGACCUGCAGCAGGACGUGCUACAGAGACUGAAGGGCCCACUUUUGACGCUCAUGGCUGCGGCCAGCACUGAGCUGUCUUACACGGUCCUCGUGCACAUCCAUGCGCUGCUCACACGCGGCCAUCGUCAAAUCGAGGUUUUCGCGGGAGACUUCAAGCAAUUCUUCUGCCGAUAUAACGAGCCGUCGUACAUCAAGCAGGUGAAGAUCGACAUCCUCACCAUGCUUGCAGACUUUAACAGUGCCGAGCAUGUUGUGACCGAGCUCAGCGAGUAUGUCACUGAUGUGGAUGCAGAGAUUGCGCGCAGAGCGAUUCGGGCAAUAGGCAAAAUCGCGGUGCACGUUCCUUCAACUUCUGAGAUGAUCGUCACUUCUUUGACGAGCCUUCUAGAGUUGGACAUUGACUAUGUCUGCACUGAAGCAGCAGUGGUCAUGAAGGAUCUGGUCAGGAA